UCGUUACGUGUAGUCUUUAUCUACAACCAGUAAGUAUCUCGUGAAACUUCCUAAGAAUUUAUUCUUGUGUCUGUCCUCACGCGCCAACGUCGACUUAGAUGAUUGACUCCGCGUAUGCAUCGGAAUAUAUGUAGUCGUCCAUUCCGGCUAUUAAUUCAGUUGCAAUCAAAUUACAAGGAUGAAGCCUAGUUCAGGAGAUCAUGAAACGAUUCCGGAGUGUAAUCUCGACCUAGAGCUAUCGAUCUCCGGUGACGACGGUAUUCAAGUGCACCAGGCGAAGCUGAAGAGGAAGCGGAAGAAGGCAGCCCAUGACGACGACGGUAUGUUCGAGUGCAAGACGUGCCACCUCCGCUUUGCGACAUUCCAAGCGUUGGGUGGCCACCGGACCAGCCACAUGCGUGGCGUCAGCCGGAAGGCAGCCAGGCCGGUGAAGGGUGGCGUUGUGCUCCACCAAUGCACGGUGUGCGGGGCGAGGUUCACAAUGGGGCAAGCCUUGGGCGGCCACAUGCGCCGUCACAAGGUCGCCGGUGGGUGGAGGAAGGAGGAGAGGAGGAGGGAGGUGGAGGAGUUUGGGGUGGCUCCUUUGGAGGUCAACAUGUUCGAUGUGGUGCGGAGGAGCCCAAGUUCUUGCCAGCUCCUGAAAUUGUUCGUUUAA